AGUAAACAACAUGGAUCUGUCACCCCGUAAAAGACAGACACAGAGCCACAGUUAUUAAACUUCUAUGAGGACAGCGCGCACAUGUAGCCCUUAGACACGUGAUGAGUCAGAUCGUGAGGCUUUAUGUGAGCUCUGGGGCGUAAAGCAAAUGGAGUAAACACGACAUUUGACAUUUUUUUCUUCUGCAAACUACUCGUACGAAAACAUGCAGUUUCCAGAGGAUUUUAACCAGCUGGAGCUGCUGGACACACACGGACACCUGAUCCCCCGAGGAACGAGCAGCCUGUGGACGGGCAGUGAAGAGGAGGAGACAGAGGACACAGAGGAGAGAGGAGAGCGCCCUGAGGAGUGGUACCUGCAGAAGGAGUCCUCCCUCAAAGACAAACCUCCAGAGCUUUUAUUAUGGGCGGCAGAAAACAACAGACUCUCCACUGUCAACAGCCUCUUGGCCGCAGACACGGCGCUCGUCCACUGCAGUGAUGAAGACGGAUACACACCUUUACAUCGCGCGGCAUACAGCGGCCAUGUUGACGUGGCCACUGCCCUUCUUCGCGCCAGCUCCAGAGUGAACGCUCGCACUGCAGACGGCUGGACUCCCCUGCACAGUGCCUGUCGCUGGAGCAGAGUGUCCAUGGCCAGUCUCCUGCUGCGCCACGGGGCCCAACUCAACGCACAGACAAACGGAGGACUGACCCCUCUCCAUUUGGCUGCUUCAAACUCAGACUCUGCCCACACACUAGAGCUCCUCUUAUCCCAGCGUCACCUGAACGCAUCACUCUGCAGCAGCGGCGGGGAAACGGCCGGUCAAGUGGCGCUGCGCAGCGGACCCUAUCACUACCUGUUUGAAAUGGUCGAAGAGUGUGUCAGUGUCAUACCAACACAUACAUAAAUAAAACUGAAAGUGAAAAGUUUAAUACAUUUGCAAUUCUUUUUUUUAAGCUGUCUAGUUCAGGUACAUCAUGUUUUUACAAUAGAUAUCUUGCUUUCUUUAAGGCAGACAAUUUUCUGAAGGAGCUAUUUACAUUGAUAUGUUGUUAUGACAUCUUUGGCUUGUAGCUAGAAGAUGAACCAUGUAAAAAACCUCUUUUCUUGACAUGAAAUAAUUCUAACUUCAAGGCCAUUCACAGGUCAAGCAAAUGUUCCAUGUAACAGUAUUCUCACUACUAGAUAUACACAAUAGCACCUAUAUAAUAUGUCUAUUCUGAAAACUGAAUGGGUACUGUAAAUAUUGACUUAUGAAAAUGUUGUAGAUUUUGCUCAAGAAUAAAAACUUGAGCUGUGCCAUCGCUCUUCCAGCAAACAGAGACUUGGGUAGAAGGUUGUUAAAAUUGAUUUUCUUUUCCAUUCAAUUUAUUUUUGGAAGAUUUUAUUAUUUUCUUUAAACCACACUUUCUAAACUACACUUUUGACUGGUAACACUUGCUAUGCUUGUGCAAGUGACGGUGAAUCCAGUCCAAUUUAUCUAACUACCUUUGUUCUUUCUAUUCUCAAGUUUAACUCUGUUUUACCACUGUCAUUUACCACAUUAAUUAAUUUGUUCUUGUCCUUUUUAGAAUAACCACUACUCCAUAAUCUCUACCUACUUCACAUUUCCCAAUUCCCACUUCAUUGAGCUACAAUUCCCAUUCAUCUGAAGCCCUUAAUAAAAUCUAUUGAACU